GUCGCCGAUGAUUUUCAGUACGCUAGCGAACGUUGUUGCGAUCACAACGUCUCAGUUCUCAGUUUCUUCGCUGUGCUCAGAUUCUCAGCAGUGCUUAGCAGUUCUUAGCAAUUCUUCAGCUCAGAUUCUUCGCCGGCGCGCGUGUCUCUAGGUGUAUGUGUGUUGUGUUCGUGUGUGUGCUGGAGGCCGUGUCAGUGUGUUAGUGCUGGCCCGUUGCUAAAAUUAUUAUAUAUUUUUUUUAAACGAACGUUGUUUUUUUUUUUUACUGUGCCUUCGAAACUGGUUGCUGCUCUUUUAACUGUGUAUUUGUGCAGCAGCAGUAGCAGUUAAAGAAGAAGCAGAAGUAGCAGCAGCAGCAGCAGCAGCAGAAGAAUCUAGCUGCGGAAGAAGAAGAGGAAGAAGCAGAAGAAGACCGCAGAUCGAAGAAAAAUAGCAACUGUAUUUGGGUUGUAGUUGUUUUUCUUUCGUGGAUUUUCGGUUUGAUAAAUCUCGAAAUAUAUAAACGAAAUAUAAACGAUUUCGAAAUAGUUCCGGAAUAAGGAAAAAUACAAAAAUGCCCUGCUCGGCCGUAACCCUAUCUAUAGCGACGAUCUGUGCGAUCAUCGCCACCGCCCUGCUGGCGAUCGCCUUCUCCACGGAUAAUUGGCUGCACUACGAUGUCUGGCGCAACCAGAUACAGUCCUUUGCCUCCAAGCAUUCGGAUGCGGAGUCCCUGUUGCACAACAUGAAUGUCAAGUACUAUUACUACACGAGGACACGAGGUUUGUUCAGGAUUUGCUAUCCCAAGGAGCGACCACCGGCAUCAGCGGUGCCCACCUACCUGUCACCGAUCGAGACACACUGCUCGAACAUCGACUACUUCCCACAGGCGGAGGAUGAGAAGAUCGCCAACGAGGAUGCCACCUCGCGUCUCCAUUUGGCCCGAUCCUGCAUUGCCCUGUUCAUCAUCAGCUUCGUGACCAUAUUCUGUGCUUUCUGGACCGGUCUCUCUGGCUGCUGGAAACGUUCUUCAGGAGCCAUUACAGCCACCUCGAUCCUGCUGCUAGUCACUUGUCUUUUGGCCGCCGGCGCUAUGGGACUCUGGCACACCGUUGAGUUCUUUGAAAAGGAGAAGGUUGUCGGCGAGGAUUACUUCCAGCAAUGGAACACGGUCCUGCGCGACAACACGAAGAUUGCUUAUGACUGGUCGUACAUCGUAGCCUGGGCAGGAAUCGGAACCUGUCUCCUGGCGGCCAUCCUGCUCUCCGGAGCGGCUGUUUGCCUGCGCAACGAGCGCGAGAAGGAGGAGCAACUGAACCUGCAGUACCUGAUGCCAGUUUACUCGCAGAAGCAGCCACCUUAUCCGCCGUACGCCAACUAUGCCCAGCCUCAGAUCUACCCAGGACCCUAUUAUCAUGGCUCGCAGUAUGGCCCGUACAACUACUAGGGAUUGUCGAAGGCAACCGUCAUGGAAAACCAGCUUCAAUCGAGAUACCCUCUUCGAGCAAUAUCAGCAUAGAAAUCACAAAUGACCAGGGGGGAACCUGGUUAUCCAAACAACCCCUCCCCAGUAAUCAAAACAAAAAAAAAUACUUGGCGAUCAAAGGAAGAAGAGCAACCGCUAACGAAAUCUUACAUACAUUCUGACAAUGACAAUAAUAUAAAGCAUAAUUUUUUUUUUUGUGACAAGAAUUUAGUUUGUAGUCUAUAUAGAGCUAUAUAUAUAAAUAUGCUUGUAUGUAUAACUGAUCGUGGGACUUGAGUCAAAGUUGCGUCCAAGUUUUUGGUGCGCGAAUUGUUUGCGCGUAGUUUUGCAAAUAUCUUAAAAAGACGGACGGAUGGAUGGAUAGAUAGAUGGACGGAUGGAUGGUUAUAUAUGUUGACCACGAGAUGGCGAAUAAAAGACGGAACAAUAAAGAGUUAAUUUAUUGUAGCACGUAACGUACAUGUAGCGUAUCUAAAAUAAUAAUAAUAAACAACAAAUAUGUAUGUAUCUAAGAUAAAAGUUUCAUUGUACAAUGUAUAUGAAUGUAAUAAUGCGCGACAAGCUUCAAAUUGUCUUCCAAGUAUAGUGCAUAUUGUAUGUAGAGCUGUACGUUUAAUGAAUAAAAGUUUCUUACGUUAA